AUGAGGAAUUUGGAUGCUUUGACUCUACUCAUUAAAAGUGGCAUUGACAUUAUUGCUCUAACUGAGACCUGGCUAAAUCCGGCGGCUGACUUGCCUCCACUGUUGAGCGAUGCUUGUUCCAAUUAUACAGUGAUCAGAUGCGACCGAGAUUCUGCAAGGGGAGGUGGUGUUGCUAUGUUGGAUUCGCAACUCUCUCGCCCCCGUGGUCCUAUUCAGACAUUUUGUCAAAAUUAUGGUCUUGCUCAGCUGGUUCGCGACUGUACUAGGGGUGGACACCUACUUGACCUCGUCAUGUCGAACGAUGUGAGCUUAAUCUCUGACGUUGAAGUGAAGUCCCCGCUAGGCUUUAGCGAUCACUACUCACUGCAUUUCAAAGUAAAUGUGUGCGCACCGACCCGAUCUACAAAGUUGAUGCACAAGAGGGAACAUGUUUGGAAGAGAGCGAAACUUUCUGAUACCAUAGAGGAUUGGGAAUCCUUCAAAAGCAUUAAUAAGUCUUUUGAGUCCAAACUACGUAAAUAUAAUGCAUCUAUUGAGAAACGAAUUGUAUCAUCAGGCUGCAAGAGUGGUUUUUACAAGUUACUUAAGUUCCGCUUGAAGCGUAAGCCAAAGUUACAAGCUCUGCGUGCACCCAACGGGGAGCUUAUAAUCGACGACACAGAGCGAGCCGAAGUGUUGGCCUCCGCUUUUGAGACCCAUUUUGGAGAGAGUAGUGCACACGUUGACCUUACAGUGGCUAGAGAGGAAUUCCCCCAAAUGGAAGAUUCCGCCUGGUUUCGAAGGGAUGAUAUUUUAGAGACUCUGCUUAAGUGGCCUCGUUCAGAAUCUGUUACUCCAGACUUCAUUCCCUUAUCGUUCAUAAAAAAGUAUAUUUUCAAUCUGAGCUUCAUGAAUUCUGAAGUGCCUUCUAGGUGGAUCCAGUCUCUUAUAACACCCAUACCGAAAAAACCACCAUACACGGAGGCUAUGAAUUUCAGACCGAUCAGUAUAACAUCGGUAUUCGCCCCGGCUGUUCGAGAAAAUCUUGAAAAAACAAAUCGAGGUCCACCUCCACAAAUAUUCGGUCAUCUCUCCCUUGCCAGCAUGGGUUUCAGAGGGGGAAGUCAACGGUAA